AAUUCGAAGAAGAAGGCGACCAUGUUGAUUUAAAGGAAGAAGAAACACAAUAGAAGCGAUCUAUUUCAAGUGAAAAUCACUUAUUUUGCGACGCACAAAUAAAGUAACAGAUCUACCACGAACUGGAAACUCAUUGUAAAAUAACAGACGAACCAAGGUGACAGAUUUAAGUCAGCUGACUUGUAGGCGUUGAUAAAAGCCAAGCUUUCACACAACCUGUCGUGUCUAUAGAGAGAAGAUUAAAACACCUGGAGAGGAAAGAAGACGAACACUGAAGACUCAAAGGGGGGGAAGCUGUUUGGCUUUGGACUAGAUAACCCCUUUAUUUGUGAUUGCAGGAUAUUUUUUGUACGCACGUGGAGCAACGUAUACCCACACAGCGGAAGUAAACAGAGCAUUACAAACUAAAAGUUUUUUGGGAAACACUUGGACAACCGUUUUGUCAAGUACAGGGAUACUGAGCAACAAAUAGACUCAAACAGGAAAUACUGUUUAGAUACAGAAGUCUAAGCAUUGAACUAAGAUUAUUUUCCAGAAACUAUUCCCCAAGUUCAAAUUGCCUUAGUUGUUCUAUUUCAGGACUUGAACUGCUUUCAUACUUGUUCACAUAUAAUUUUUCUAUAUUGUGAGCAGGUAUAUUGAUGCAUAUGAAUGCAUAUUUCUCUUCAUUUUGAAGAGCCCUUGUGUAAAAACCCUUUUUUUGUUUGUAGUUGUUGUUCUUGUACGUCAGUCACUCUGUUGUUCAAGGGGACCGAACUGCACGUACAUGUGUAUAUGUAAAUACUAUAAAUCAACUUGUGUUGUAAAAGCUUUGGACUUAAAGUACAGAAAAUAUUGUUUGUUAAUGCUUUAUUAAACUUUUUUACUUUUGAGGAGAAUUUUUAAAAAAGAAAAACCUAAGAGGCAAAAAUCUAAUACUUUGGUGGGCGCAAGAAGAGCAAGACAAGCAGGAAAAAAUGGCAACUACCAGAACAGAAAAUGUCGGCCCAGUUGUCAUGGGACUGAAUAAGCAGAAUGGGCUCAGAGGACAGACCAAACCAGCUUCAGCUCAGCCAGCACCCACAACUCAAGGAAAGGCUUUGGGUGCUCCUCAGAAAGCAGGCAGUGCCCCUCAGGAUGGAGGAGGAAUCAAGUUUGGAGAUGACUGGAAAAAGAGCCUACAACUCCCUCCCAAAGACAACAGGGUCAAAACCUCAGAUGUGACAGCCACUAAGGGGAACGAAUUUGAAGAUUAUUGUCUCAAACGUGAACUCUUGAUGGGCAUAUUUGAGAUGGGUUGGGAGAAACCAUCCCCCAUCCAGGAGGAAAGCAUUCCCAUCGCCCUGUCUGGACGGGAUAUUCUGGCCAGGGCUAAAAACGGAACAGGGAAAAGUGGAGCUUAUCUCAUUCCACUUCUGGAGAGGAUAGACCUGAAAAAAGACCACAUACAGGCCAUUGUCAUGGUGCCCACUCGUGAGCUGGCACUGCAGGUCAGUCAGAUCUGCAUCCAGAUCAGCAAACACCUAGGAGGAGUCAAAGUCAUGGCCACCACGGGGGGCACCAACCUGCGAGAUGACAUCAUGCGCCUGGAUGAGACUGUGCAUGUGGUGAUCGCUACGCCUGGCAGGAUUUUGGACUUGAUUAAAAAGGGAGUGGCAAAGGUGGAUAAAGUCCAAAUGAUGGUGAUGGAUGAGGCUGAUAAGCUGCUGUCUCAGGACUUUGUGGUGCUCAUUGAAGAUAUCAUCAGCUUCCUGCCCAAGAACAGACAAAUCCUGCUCUACUCUGCAACCUUCCCCAUCAGCGUGCAGAAGUUCAUGGCCAAGCACCUUCAGAAACCCUAUGAGAUAAACCUGAUGGAGGAGCUGACACUGAAGGGCAUUACUCAGUUCUACGCCUACGUCACUGAGAGGCAGAAAGUCCACUGCCUCAACACGCUGUUCUCCAGGCUUCAGAUCAACCAGUCAAUUAUCUUCUGUAACUCCACUCAGAGGGUGGAGCUGUUGGCCAAGAAGAUCACACAGCUGGGCUACUCCUGCUUCUACAUCCACGCUAAGAUGAUGCAGGAAUACAGAAAUCGUGUGUUCCACGACUUCAGAAAUGGUCUAUGCAGAAACCUGGUCUGCACUGAUCUGUUCACCAGAGGUAUUGACAUUCAGGCUGUCAACGUCGUCAUCAACUUUGACUUCCCCAAGAAUGCUGAGACCUACCUCCAUCGUAUUGGAAGAUCAGGGAGGUUUGGUCACCUGGGGUUGGCUAUAAACCUGAUCACGUCAGAGGAUCGCUUCAACCUGAAGGCCAUUGAAGACCAGUUGGUGACCGACAUCAAGCCCAUUCCCAGCAGCAUUGAUAAGAGCCUUUAUGUGGCUGAGUACCACUCGGCUGGCGCAGACUGUGACGUGGAGGAGGUAGAGGAAAAGCCUGGUCGCCAGCAGGACAGUACCUAAACCAGGACGUGGGGACACCGGGCUCUUUGCACAGACAUCAGCGCUUGCACGCAGGCUUCAGGCAACUUGUUAGUGUUUCAUUCAUUCUCAGUCUGUCAAAUAGACAUUAAGGCUUUUUUCACCCCAUAAUUUCUCAAAGAGCUCCCUCAUUUACUUCAUUAACAGAAAUUUAAGCUAUGUUUUGCACCAAAGAAAGAUUAGUAGCUUAUAUUGAGUAAGAUGUUUUUUUUCCCUCCAGAAACAUGUUACACAGCAUUUACUGUGACAACAAUGCAAAUAAGUAUGAAAGCUGUUUUGAACCAGUCGUCUUUGGAGACUGUUUUCAUUGACGGCAGCAAUGUUACAAUGGUGCACUUCAACCAGCCCUCAUUCUGUCCACUUACACUGCUGUUGUCACUUAAGUGCCUUACUUAACUUCCCAUGUGCACUCAUCCAUUCACAGAAUAUUAACACAAAUGAGAUGAACUAAAUAGUAACCGGUGGUUAUUUAAACAUCUAUUAUGCAAGAAUCAAAACAAAACAUCCUCCUGCUGAGGUGUGGCGACGUGGCUCAGACGCCUUUAAGGAAAACCACCCUGAAUGUGAACGUUUUAUUGUGAACGUUGCAAUAAAAAAGGGCAGCUUUAUUUACGUACUGUGUGACUGUUUUCCCCCUUACACGAUGAAUAAUACAUGAGCAAAGUUAAAACACGGCCCCUGUCCUGACUGAUGGAUGUUGGCGUGCAGCAGCCACGUGCUGUGACAUUGUGGCCAUUGCCUCGAGGUUCUGGUGGCGGAUGAAGCCACUGGCCGGUGGAUUCUGUAAAGUCUCUUCCUGUCCUGUUUGGGGCUGAUGCAGCAGAGACGGUUCAAACGGCUUUCAUAGAGACAUUUGCUCUUCCUGAGCGGAUCAAUGGGCUGGGGGGAACAACUUAAGGGAUUUCUUUUGUAAUUUGGUGCAAAACAAAAGUUUAAAUUUUCUGUUCUGUUGCUUACAUCUUUUAAGUUUCUCAUACAGUUUAGGUUAUGACCCUUUUAUGGUCAAAUGAAAGUUGGUGAAUGUAUUAGUUGCCAGCAAAAAAUGUUGCAGCCUAUUGGUUGAAUGCCAAACUAUUGUCUUUGACAUCUGUUAACUGACACCCCCCUUUUUUUUUUUUUUUUUUUUUUUUUGGCCAUUGGCUUUUAUAAAAUGUACCGAGGGUACGGGAUGGUUUCACGGACCGCAGGGUGAAGUCUGCUCAGUCUCCUAGGGACCACAAGGAUUUGUUAAGUGAAUUAAACCCAGUAAAAGCAUCAGCUUGCUUUCUGCAGCGGUAGCUACAUGUCCAUCUUUUUUUUUUGCCCCUGCAGAGCUCUGUUUUCGGAUGAUAAAAAUGUGAGUAUUAUGUUUUGCGAGGGGGAGGGGGGUGUUAUUUUUGAAAGCAUAAUUGUAGCAUUUUUGAACAGGCAGCUGUGACUUUUUUUGUCCUCCCUCCCAGAGCAUCAAUAAUUAUAUAUAUAUUUAAAAAAAGACCUAAAAAAAGUACUUUUGCUUUUUCAAGAUUUAUUUUUAAUGUUGCUUAAAGCAGUUUGGGGAGUGGGCACUGUGAGCUUUUCUUUUUUUGGUGGGGGGGUUGCAGGAGCCAAGUGUUUUAUCUGAUGCUCUCCGGGGAUCUUGCAUCUUUCUUUGGUACUUAAAUCAAAGGUUUUGUAUUUAAACUGUUUCUCUCCUUUUAAAAGUACAGAACUCUGCAUCUGCUGUGUGAUUUAAAUACCAGAGAGACAACUAGGUUAUUCAGGAGAGAAUUCAUGGAAACUGGGGAAGCACUGGGAUCUUCUUGAACCUGUUCCAUGUUGGUGUGACAGAUGAUCAAAGUGCUGUGACUAGUUUUCAGGAACUCGAUCCGUUUCCCACUUGAGCAAUCUUUAUACGAGGUGUUUUGAAUCAUUUUGAGGAAACUAAAUUGUAAAUGAUUCGUUGUUUACAAUUGCAACAAAACUAAACGCUUUGUUUCACGAGUGCAGAUGGAGGCAAAAUCAGUGUUUCCUUGUUUUUCUUAAUUGAUUUUUCAGGAUUUACACUGAAGCAAAACCAAAAAAGUGGAAUGUCGUGUGUUUGUGCGUGUGUGUGAGUGUCAGUGCAUGUGUGCGUUUUCAGCUGUGAACGUUUUCCUUCACGUUUACAUAGAACUUCCUCUGAACUCAUGUCAGGAUUCCCAGCUUGUUUUUAGGAACCAACUCUGACACCUGCUUCAGAAUGAAUCUGUUCUGUUGAAGCUCUAUGUAAAAGUUGUGUCAGGUUUUUUUUUUUGUUUGUUUUUUGUUUUUUUGUGCUUUCAUGUGCAGACUUGUUCUGCGUCUUGUGGCAACGUGUGUUAAAUAUCAGUGAGCGUUUACAGGUGUCGCGGGUGUGACCUUUUGUUCAGUCUUUUAAACCUCCUCUUCCUCCACACAUUUAAAUUUGUAGGCAAAAACCAACAUUUCAUUUCUAAUGGAAAGUUUUCCUGCUUUCUGUUCUUGGAGUUUUGUGUUUCUCAUCACAUCCUUGAGUCAUUCCGUAAUCUCUUCUGUGAUCCCAAAACGACAAACAUGUAAAGACUUAAGACAUUUGUGUUGUGCUUUAGGAGCUGAGUUCAACCCCCACCCAUGUAAAGGAUUUCCUUUUGAUGCCUGAGGCGACGCAUAAAACUGUUUUUGUUUUGUUUUUUUAGUAGCCCAUCAUCAUGAGCUGCCACUGAUUGACUGAGUGAACAUUUUGUCACAGAAGAGGUUAUGACGAAUGUAGUUGUGAAUGUCAAGUGAUUCAUUUUGUCCAGAUAUCUUUGUCUGUGUGUGUGUGUGAGAUGUGUUGAAUGGAUGGGUGGGAGGCAUGUUUGUCAGAAACUUGUUGAAGGGGUUGGAGUAUUUGGUUUCAGAAUGUCAAGUUUUGGAAUCUGUCAAUUGGUGGGAAUUAAUUAAAAGUAACUUCUUGACAUGAAAAUGGUAAUAAUGGCUAAAGUUCGGUAAUAUUUGUACUGGGCAUAGUAAAUUUGAAUUAGACCACUUAAUUUGCUGCACUAACUCACCCCUGCUUCCAUGUGAUGAUAAUUCACAAGCUGACUGUAAAGUGGCUGCAGUAUUUUCAUUGCAACAUGGAUUGAACAUGUGAUUUCCCUGUUUAGCAACAUGAUUUGUCAACAACAUGGAUGGAAAAAACUGUAACACGAAUUAAAUAUAUCCUAAAGUUACAUGAUUAUUUGCUUUUCCAAACCUGUCCUGGUUGUUUAGCGUUCUGCUUCUGCAGAGAUCAGUCCCACAUUCUGGACCUAAAUUACAGCAGCCUGAAACCAGCCUCCCCGUUGGCGGCUUUUCAUUUUUGUGCCAAUAGAUUUAUGAAGAAUGUGACUAAUAAUGCAGUUUUAUUCUUUUUUUGUUUCCCUGUUUUAUAAAAAUCCAUCAUACAGGCACAAAUUGUUAUUCUGACUUUACCCAACUGUUGUAACAUGGAAAUACAUGCAGGGGCUCUAAAUUUCAAUAAAUUGAUCAGAAAUG